AUCACUUUGCAAAGUACGUCGCUACUUUUGUUUAGUGUUUUUUUUCUUCAUAUCUUUGAUAGAGCAGGCACAUAAGGUAGAGAUAUGAUGUCACUGACCAUUAUUUUGACGGCUCUUGCCUUGUUUGAAAUUGAUGCUGUUCUCGGUCUGGAAAAGCGUCUUUCUGUUUACGGAUUAAACAGUCAAAUAGCAGAACUUAGAAGUGAAUUGCAUCAACUGAAAACCCGAGUAUACAGACGAUUGUACAAGGGUACCGGAAGCGGGACCGUUGCUUUCACAGCAUACAUGUCAGGAACUGGCCGAACCAUCUACUACAAAGGGCAGAUCUUAAGAUAUACACAUGUUCUCAAUAACAUAGGAAAUGGGUACGACAAACGAAGGGGUAGCUUCCGUUGUCCAUCGUCCGGAACGUACGUCUUCUUCUUCACCUCCAUGCCAGAACGAGGAAUGAGUCAUUCAAUUUGGUUGACUCUCAAUGGAAAAUUCAUCGCAGAGGCUGUUUCAGGAAAAGUUGAGAAAGGUUACAACAUGGGAAGUAACAUGGUUAUCCUACGUCUGAAGAAAGGAGACAGGGUGUGGAUCCGCGCCUCCAAGAAAUGGAAAUUAAACUCGGCAAUUAGAUUCAGAUAUGCCGGGAAUACUUUCUCUGGUUUCAAAUUGUCGUAAUGAAUUACCAACUGAAAAUUACUUUCAAAGAAUUGGGUAUCAUGAAAUAAAUUAUUUUAUUUGCAAAUAUUUUG